AUGGGAAAAGAGGCAGAUGGAUCUUUCAUACCAAAGCACAAAUCUGAUAUAAAUUCGCAUGGAUAUUUGGGUCCAGAUUCUCCCAAUCUUGUGAUAGAAGUCGCCUCUUUGGAAACUGAAGCCUAUUUAUUUAAUUUAGUAAAAAACUAUUGGCUCAAACUAGGUAGAGCUCAUGAUGCAAUUGCAGUAAAAUUAAUACAAUGUGAUACGGUUAUUUCAAGAAUAAAACAUUUUUGUACAGACAAUAGGAUAUCAGGAGAACUAGUGCCCAUUACAAAAUUUGGAUUCAAGACCAUUGAUGAUAACAACCAAAUUCUUAUUCAGCCUCAACAAUUUACUAUUAAUAUUAAGACAGAAUGUCUUUUUCAUGGAAUGCCAUCUGAUUUUCGUAUACCUGCAUCAAUACCUAACCCUCUUGAUUUAGAUUUUUAUGAUGUUUUAAGUGAAAUGGAAGAAGUACUUGUUAUUUCAUAA